GGCUGUGCAGACUGGGCGCGCGCUGGACGCGGGCGGCUCGAGGCAUCCGUUUGGGCGGCGUCCGGAGCCCGACCGGCGGGCUGAGGAACGGGCGCCGCGAUGGCCGAGGGCAGCGCCGUGUCAGAUCCUCAGCACGCCACGCGCCUACUGCGAGCGCUCAGCUCUUUCCGCGAGGAGUCCCGCUUCUGCGACGCGCACCUGGUCCUCGACGGGGAGGAGAUACCGGUGCAGAAGAACAUCCUGGCGGCUGCCAGCCCGUACAUCAGGACAAAGUUAAACUAUAAUCCUCCAAAAGAUGAUGGAUCAACCUAUAAGAUUGAACUUGAAGGGAUAUCGGUAAUGGUUAUGAGAGAGAUCCUGGAUUACAUCUUCAGUGGGCAGAUCCGGCUGAACGAAGAUACCAUCCAAGAUGUUGUGCAGGCAGCGGACCUGCUCCUGCUGACGGAUCUGAAAACUCUGUGCUGUGAGUUCUUAGAAGGCUGCAUUGCCGCCGAGAACUGCAUCGGAAUCCGAGACUUUGCACUCCACUACUGCCUGCACCACGUCCAUUACCUGUCCACAGAAUACCUGGAGACUCACUUCCGAGAUGUCAGCAGCACAGAGGAAUUCCUAGAACUGAGUCCUCAAAAGCUUAAAGAAGUGAUUUCUCUUGAGAAGUUAAACGUUGGCAAUGAACGAUAUGUAUUUGAAGCAGUCAUCCGAUGGAUAGCACAUGAUACAGAAAUAAGAAAGGUCCACAUGAAGGAUGUCAUGUCAGCGCUGUGGGUUUCAGGGUUGGACUCGAGCUAUUUACGGGAGCAGAUGCUGAACGAACCGUUAGUCCGAGAGAUCGUCAAAGAGUGCAGCAACAUCCCUCUCAGCCAGCCGCAGCAGGGGGAGGCCAUGCUCGCCAGCUUCAAGCCCCGGGGCUACUCGGAGUGCAUCGUGACCGUUGGCGGAGAGGAAAGAGUUUCACGGAAGCCAACAGCAGCGAUGCGAUGUAUGUGCCCCCUUUAUGACCCUAAUCGGCAGCUGUGGAUUGAACUGGCCCCUUUAAGCAUGCCGAGAAUCAACCACGGAAUCCUCUCAGCAGAAGGAUUUUUGUUUGUAUAUGGGGGCCAAGAUGAAAAUAAGCAGACCCUGAGCUCAGGAGAAAAGUAUGACCCAGAUGCAAACACAUGGACCACAUUGCCACCAAUGAACGAGGCAAGACAUAACUUUGGAAUUGUGGAGAUAGAUGGGAUGCUGUACGUUUUAGGAGGAGAAGAUGGUGAAAAAGAGCUAAUUUCCAUGGAAUGUUAUGAUAUUUAUUCUAAAACCUGGACAAAGCAACCCGAUUUAACCAUGGUUAGAAAGAUUGGCUGCUAUGCAGCCAUGAAAAAGAAAAUCUAUGCCAUGGGUGGAGGAUCGUAUGGAAAACUCUUCGAGUCUGUGGAAUGUUAUGACCCACGGACCCAGCAGUGGACCGCUAUCUGUCCACUGAAAGAGAGAAGGUUUGGAGCUGUAGCUUGUGGAGUCGCCAUGGAACUGUAUGUAUUUGGGGGAGUCAGAAGUCGCGAGGACAUCCAGGGGGGCGAGAUGGUAACCUGCAAGUCGGAAUUCUACCACGAUGAGUUUAAAAGCAGGGCCUGGGACGCCAUCGAGGGGACCGUGCACCGGGGGGAGUUGGGUCGGCUGACCUCUCCCAGCCCCUCCCAGCUCCAGGAACGGCCACCUCGCUGAUGGGUUACUUCGUCAUCCCUGGAGAAGCGUUUCCAGAGGACCUGCUUCCUCUCGGGUUCUGUCCCUCCCUCUCCUAUGAAAGCCCCUGCAGUCUUCCUCCCGGUUGACGGGGCUGCAGGGGCGCCACUCCCCCUCUGUGUCUCCUCCCGACCCCACCUGCCCCAAAGCCCAGGGACUGAGCAGAGGCUGGGACGGGCACGCAAGUCCAGGUCCAGGUCCGAGGGAGGGAGCUCUCCGCGUUGUUCUCCGGGUGUGUGCCUUCUCCCCAUCCCCUCGGUCGUCUUCACUCACGGGUAACCCUUUGUUUGAACCAGUGUUCACUUUCCUCCCCAUGUCCCGUUGUGCCCGCACAGACUGCGGGUGGGAUCUCCCAGGACAUAGGCCCUUCCUGCAGUUGGCACUUCUUUCUGGGCGGUUGAGGAACUUUAGUCAAGAUGGGAGGAGGUAUUUUGGUUGCGUUCUGAAGCGUACCCUUAUUUACCUACUUUUCUUGGCAAUCGCAUCCUCACCUGCCCUCUAUUUUCAUCCCGUGGCCUCUCCCAGUCUGGUUUUUUAACUGCUUGAAUUAUGUAUCCAAAAGAGUGGGGGGCGCGCUUCUGGUUCCCCAGACCGCUAACCUAAAAACAUGUGUUGAAAAAGCAUGCUUCCGGGAGCCCUCACCUGGCCUCUGUGACCAGCACUUUCAGCCGCCAGAGAGCCAGAGCGGUCGCCCAGGCCGGGCAGCUCCCAGAGUCUGCGCUGCUCUGCUCCUUGCACUGAGAACCGGCGGGGCCCAGAGCCUCCCGCCCAGGCAUGGCCAAGUGCAUCUCUGCGGCUCCUUAAGGAGCUAGACUGGAACAGCCUCCCCGGGGCCCCGGGCGGCCUCACCUUCCACACCUGCACCGGAGGUUCUCAGGGCUCCUGUCUGAGCCAGGAGCAGGGGCCCCAGAUGCCAGCACCCAGCUGCCAGGCACCGUGCGGGCUCCGCCUCGUCCUUUUCUCUUAUUUAGCUCUGAUUAAAAACACACUGCACUCCAAAUUGUGAAUAGGAUCGGAAAUUAGAAUUCCUCAUUUACAGUAAGAGA